UUUGAGUUGUCAACCCAAGAAAAGACUUACAUGGCGUCCAAGGCUUCAAGCUCAACGCAAUCAAGUCAAACGAAAUUCAUCAAGCCAGCUUCAAAGAGAAUAACAAAACUUAAAGUAGAAUCGUUGAAUAACGGGGUAGAUGGGUCUGGAAAACGGCUGAAUCCAUUGAAUGCAUUUGUCAACCUACCCUUGUCUCAACCCAAAUUUUUUAUAUCACAAACCUCGAUGUCAACCAAGGCGAAAGGGAAAGCCAAGGAGAAGGAGAGAGAAGUCAUAGACGUGGAUGCAUUGAGUGGAAACGAGACAGAAGGGCUACCUUUUGGAACUGAAGAUGACCGUUUGUGGAUCGAUAUAUACGAACCGACGACAGAGAGCGAGCUAGCUGUACACGUCAGGAAGGUUGAAGGCGUACGACGGUGGUUGAAUGAAGCAUUAGACGGAGGUCCUUCUGGAAAACUGAGACAGUAUCGAAGGGUUCUGGUGUUAACUGGUCCUGCAGGAACGGCGAAAACAAGUACAGUCAAAGCUUUGAGUCGCGAAAUGGACUUUGAGUUACUAGAAUGGAAGAACGCGAUGAACGAUCCGCUCGAUGGAAAUGGCUUUGACAGUGACUCCAUAGUCGCUUCCAGCCCCCGCCUAACAACUUCUGAUUAUGAUUAUGAAAGCUCUUACACCAAGUUCGAGGCUUUCCUCACCCGAGCUGCCAGUUGCAAAAACGUUUUUUCAUCGUCAGCACCGUCGACUAAACGGAGAAUUAUACUACUAGAGGAUCUUCCCAAUCUCGGACAUUUGGACACGCGAGCAAAGUUCCACAACGCUCUGAAGGCGAUUGUUGAAACUCUGAAUCCAAAUCCGGUUCCCAUCGUUAUCAUUGUCAGUGACUCUGGGAUACGAGGAGAGGCAGGGGACGAAAGGUUAGCAAGUGGCAUGUGGAAGAAGGAUCAGGACGGAGCUCUCGAUGUGUAUUCUGUUCUUUCUAAGGAAUUAUUGAAUGGUCAAUUUGUCACGCAGCUCAGAUUUAACCCAAUAGCGCCGACGCUACUGAAGAAAGCUCUUCAAACGCUACUCAAUACACAUUACUCAUCAGCGCCAAAAGGAAUUCGCAAGUCUCCCAUCACGACCCAACUUCUUGACGUGGUGGUUGAUUCUGCCAAUGGUGACAUACGAAGUGCUAUCAUGACUCUUCAAUUUGCUUGUAUACGGUUCGGAAAUCAACAGAACUCGAAAUCAAAAAGCCGCAAGAACUCGAAAUUAGAAGCUGAGGUGCUUAUGGAAAGCAUCACUCGAAGAGAACAGAGUUUGGUUUUGUUCCAUCUCAUGGGAAAGGUUCUGUAUAAUAAAAGGAAAGGCGACCCUCCCGCUCCGUCGGCAACUGCGAGAGAUAUCAAAAGAGACGAGGAAGUCGAUCGUGGACUAGUAGACCCGCCCUCGCUACCACUGCAUUCAAGAGAGCAUGAGAGGAAAGCGAGCAGAGUAGACAUUGACCGCAUAUACGCCGAUUCGCCCAUCGACUCUUCCUUGUUUUCACUUUACAUUCACCAAAAUUAUCCUCAAUUCACCGACAACGUCGAUCAGUGCCACGGAGUUGCCGACUGGCUGAGCUGGACUGAUUCUAGUGGUGGCGAAGCUUGGUACCAAGUCAACCCUCACCGUUUCCAUCUUCUAGCGUUGGGAACGUUGCAUUCCCUGCCUACGCCUGUGCAACGGCGGUCUCAGAGGGUAUUCAAACCCGAAUUCUUUAAUGUUUUACAGAAGGAGAAAGAGGCUUGGGAGGGCGUGAAAGACGUGAGGUCUUGGAUUAUACAUCGGACAGUGGCAAAAAAGGAGAGCGAUGACUGGAGUGGACCGUUAGGAUGGGAUAUCAGUCGAUGGAGCCCUUCGUUGAUUGCGACUGAGCUAGCUGCAGUGUUGAAGAUCCGAGACGGCCACCGAUCCGGUCGACCUCCAUCGUCACAUAGGCUGUUUUCGGCCCUCAAGUUCGUUAAACCUGCUCUUUCUGCAGGUUCCUCUGCACAACAAUUGGGAGAGAAUGAAGGUGGGAUGGAAGACGAGGCGCUUGAAACAAUUGCUGAGCGUGAAGAAGGCGGGCUGUGGAACGAGGAACAUCAAGACAAUUUGCGAGAAAACGUUGGCGGUUGGCUAGAUAGCGAUGACAUUGAAGAGUUCUGA